AUGUCUUCCUUGGAAGUCUAUACGUUCAACCAGUCUCAAAUUUCACUUGCAGCCAGUAAUGUUGAAAGAGCCUCACCUGAAGUGCAUUUAGCAUCCAUAAGAACCACAAGAAGACUCAAUACUAGUCUUGGAGAAGGCUUCAUUUUGGUGGGAUUCUCAGAUUGGCCACAACUGGAAUUAGUCCUUUUUGUCUUUAUUUCUGUUUUCUACUCUCUAACUCUCUUUGGGAAUAUCACUAUCAUCAUCCUCUCCCGUGUGGAUGUUCGGCUGCACACACCCAUGUACUUUUUCCUCUGUCAUCUCUCUUUCCUGGACCUCUGCUACACCUCCAGCACUGUGCCACAGUUUCUGAUCAACUUUCAUGGAUCAGACCACACCAUCACCUAUGGAGGCUGUGUGGCUCAGCUCUUCAUCUCCCUUGCCCUGGGUUCCACUGAGUCUGUGCUUCUGGUGGUGAUGGCUUUUGACCGCUAUGCUGCUGUCUGCCGACCGCUCCACUACACAGCCAUUAUGCACCCACGCCUCUGCCAAACACUUGCUGCUAUCUCCUGGAUUGGAGGAUUCAUAAAUUCUCUGGUUCAGACAUGCCUCCUGAUGUCCAUGCCUCUCUGUGGCUUCCAUCGACUCAAUCACUUCAUCUGUGAGAUGCCUGUGCUCCUGAAGUUGGCUUGUGAGGAUAAACAAGGGGCAGAAAUGAAGAUGUUUGUAGUCCGAGUCAUCAUCUUGCUGGUCCCUGUAUUACUAAUAUUAGGCUCCUACGGAGGCAUUACUCAGGCAGUGCUGAGAGUCAACUCAACUUCUGGACGCAGAAAGGCAUUUGGGACUUGCGGGUCACACCUCCUAGUGGUUUCCUUUUUUUAUGGCUCAGCCAUCUACACAUACCUUCAACCCACACAUAAUUAUUCCCAGAGUCAGGGAAAGUUUGUUACUCUUUUUUAUGGUAUAAUUAUUCCUAUGCUCAAUCCUCUGAUUUAUACCCUAAGGAACAAAGACAUGAAAGAGGCUUUGAGAAAGGUAGUAUGGAAAUGCAGAAACUUGAGCUAA